ACGCUGACCCCCAACAAGCCAGCUGACGGCAUCUCUAUGUCCUGUCCUCUGUACUCAGGGGCAUACCCAGAUCAGAGCAGCCGAGCCGGGAGCCUCUCCAGUCCAGAGCAGCCGAGCGGGAGCCUCUCAGACCAGAGCAGCCGAGCGGUAGCCUCUCAGACCAGAGCAGCCGAGCGGGAGCCUCUCCAGACCAGAGCAGCCGAGCGGAAGCCUCUCCAGACCAGAGCAGCCGAGCGGGAGCCUCUCAGACCAGAGCAGCCGAGCGGGAGCCUCUCCAGACCAGAGCAGCCGAGCGGUAGCCUCUCCAGACCAGAGCAACCGGACUCUCCAGACCAGAGCAGCCGAGCGGAGCCUCUCCAGACCAGAGCAGCCGAGCGGAGCCUCUCCAGACCAGAGCAGCCGAGCGGGAGCCUCUCCAGACCAGAGCAGACCUCUCCCAGAGCAGCCGGAGCCUCUCCAGACCAGAGCAGCCGAGCGGGAGCCUCUCCAGACCAGAGCAGCCGAGCGGGAGCCUCUCCAGACUCAGAGCGGGAGCCUCUCAGACCAGAGCAGCCGAAUGGGAGCAUUCUCACUGGAGAGGAGUUAUGUGGACUGUUGUGUGAGGGCCUCAGUCAGUUGUUCUACACCUCCUACUGGCUCUCCCUGCUACUUUCAGGCAGGACUGCUGUGCGGGUCAGUGAGGCCAUCUGCUGGGGAGCCGAGGCUGGAUGCAUCUCCCGCCAACCGACGACCAUGGCCUCUGAGGCAGCAGCCGCGGAUGAUGCUGCAACGACAGGAGGACCGCCCGAAUGCACCGAGAUGGAGGAGCAGGUAUGCGACGUUUUUGGCGGAGGGAAGGAUGAAGGCAGACGAGAAGCUCCUCCCCCUCCCGGGGCUGGGGGUUCGGCGAUCCCGGUGUCGGGGAAGUGUGUCGGUCGUGCAGUGAACUCAAAGUCCUGGAGUAACCUCAACUUGACCGUACCACAGGGACAGAUCUACGGCCUGCUGGGUCCGAGCGGGUGUGGGAAGACCACACUGUUGAAAUGCAUUGUGGGAACCCUGAAGAUCUCCCGAGGGCACAUCAGCGUGUUGGGGAAGCCGCCCGCAUUUCCUGGUCACCAGGUCCCUGGGAGGAUGGUGGGGUACAUGCCACAGGACCUGGCGUUGUACAAUGAGUUUACCAUCAGUGACACCCUGACGUUCUUCGGAAGGAUCCACGGCCUGUCAUCUACGGACACCCAGGCACGCAUGGACUUCCUGGUGGACUUCCUGGACCUACCUCAGAAGAGCAAACUAGUCCGAAAUCUCAGGAUCUGGCAGCAUCUAGUAGAGAUUGUGAAAACUGGAAAAGUAUCAGUCGUCAUCACCACUCACUACAUAGAGGAGGCCAGGCAAGCCAACGUGGUGGGUCUGAUGAGGAAUGGCCGACUGUUGGCCGAGGGACAUCCAGAAACCAUGAUGAAACAGCACAAUGCACCGACCCUGGAGAAAGCCUUCCUGCAGCUGUGUGAGACCUCAGACCAGGUGGACUCCAAACACAGCACCUCCCCUCUGGGCGGGGUCCUAGAGAGCAGCCAAUCAUUCGAGAGCGGCCGGGACGAGAGUCUACCAAUCCUGGGAGCCGGAUCGGGACCAGUAGAAGAGCUGCCCAAAUACUCAGCGGACUGGAAGGUACGAGUCAGGCAUGUGAUGCCAAAGUGGAGGAACAUCGCAGCUCUGAUUAUCAAGACCACGGUGCGGAUGAAGAGAAUGCCAGGGUCCCUGUGUUUCCAGUUCCUGCUGCCAGUCAUCCAGAUCUCUCUGAUGUGUCUGUGUAUCGGAGGAGACCCCAAAGAAAUACAGGUGGCUGUGGUCAACAAUGAGACCUCCUCCAGCUCCUAUAGCCAAUCCCUGCUCUCCUUCCUGGACAACUCCAGCGUGCAACAGGUGAACCUGUCCCAUGCUGAGGCUUUUGCAGGGGCCUAUAACGGAGAGUACUGGGCCGUCAUCGGGUUUGGAAAGAAUUUUACCAGCUACCUGACCAAGAGGUGAGACCUACCUCUG